CUUUUGAUGUGUAUGAGAGGAAAAGCAAGGCAAUAAUCGACACAUUGGGGGGUAAAAACAAGAUAUUCUAAGGCAAUAAUGCGGGUGGGAUGUAAGAAAUGUCUACAAUAAGAGGGGUGGAGAGAACAGGAAAAUCUAAGUUUACUCUGGAAUGGUCUCGGGUAUACUUCCAGUUUUUGCGAGCCAUCGCUUUCGAUCAAUAACGAAAUUUUCCAGUGCGCUGGCGGCUACUUCACCACCGUCAUGGCCAACCCGACGUUCAGGUUCACAUCGUCCGGGCAAAGCGGCUGCUUUCUCUAUGUACGAUGCCCAUCGGCCUUCUUCAAAAUCUUCUCGUGAAUUUGGCAGGAAGUUUGGCGGCAUCAGAAGCACAACAGACAAUGCAGAUCCAGUUAGGAGGGAGUGGGUCCCCCCACCCUUCUUUGCCGAGAAUUUGUCCUCCAAACGAUAAAACCAGUACCUUGUGCGUAUCCCGUAUAUCUUUUGGAAUAUUUAGCCCCGCUAAGACCUCAUCUCUGGGUCGUCGGAAUUUUCGGAACACAAGCGGGACGUCAAGAAUACGACGCUCAGGGAUCAGUGGAUCGUACGAUCGAACAUUGGACACCGACACAGCCGGUAGUGAUAAUUUUCCAUUGACAACGCCUUUGCGAUGAGGAAAACUGCUUGUUACUGGUGUGAUGGGCACUAGGUCUUCCGAGUCGUCGAACGACGGAAUAC